GGCCGUUGUUGUAUUAGGAAAUACAUCUUAUUAUUAAUGUUUCUGUAUUUAAAGGUACGCCUGUAGAGUUGUAUAAAGCUAUGAGUAUGUAAUAUCUAAUAUUACGAUAACAUGUAUCAUGUAAUUCGUAUUAAUUUCUUUUGAAAAUCGUUAAAUAUAACAGCACCAUAAAACGCGGUUUUUCUGAGUAUAUAUUUUUUAAAUAUAUGUGUAAAUAAACUGUUUAUUUCUAAAUACAUAUUCUUUAAAAAAAUAUAUAGUGAACGCAUUGUAUGGACUACAUUUGUUUUGAAAUUAUCUUAAUUUAUUAUCACGUGUAUGUGAGAUUGAAAUAGUGAUGUGUUGAUUGUUAUUCUUCAUCACAACAAUGGGGGAGACCGAAGAAUUCAAUACUUUAGCAUUCGAAAAGAAGCUAACACAGCUUAAAGAUACUCAGGAGAGUAUACAAUCAUUGUCUGGAUGGUGCCUAAAGCAAAGACUUCAUCAUAAAAAGAUUGUUUCUAGUUGGUUAAACGUUUUAAAAAGAGUAAAGGUGGAACAGCGACUCGUCUUAUUUUAUUUAGCGAAUGAUGUUAUUCAGUACAGUAAGAGGAAGAACUACGAGUUUGUUGAGAGUUGGGGUCUUAAUUUACAAAAAGCGACGCCUUUAGUCAGAGAUGAAAAAGUGAGGUCGAAGAUUUUACGAAUAUUUAAAAUAUGGGAGCAAAGAUCAGUAUAUGAUGAUGAGUUUCUCUCAGACCUCACUGGCUUGCUCAGUGCUGGAGCGAUUAAAAAGACUGAUGAUGAUCCAUUGGAUUUUCAACCACAGCAGCUUGUAAAUAAAAUAAAACAGUGUACAGUUCUCGAAGCAGAUACAAAGGUUAAAUUAAAAUAUGUACAUGAAAAUCAUUUAGAAUUAUCCGAUGCAGAUGCGCUGUGCGCUAGUUUGAAAGAAAGGAGUCAUAAAGAUGAUGUAGAAAAGGAAUUAAAUGAAGGUAUAGCUUGUGUUGAGCGUUAUACACAGGCAUUGCAGAGAGAGAUUGUCGCCCGGGAAGCAUUGUUAGCUUUGCUCACUUCGGCUAAUCAAUAUUAUUCUACCCAGAGAGGGGAAGUAAAAGUUGUUGCAUAUGCUUACAAAAACUUUGGAGCCAGAGUGAGAGCAUUAAAACGGAAACUUGAUGAGUUAGUACCAACAUUACCCAGUGCAGCGCCUUCACCCCCGCAGCAUGACGAGGAUGUUCCUUCUCCGGGUCCUGAUGAAGAUCUUGAAUUACCAGCUCCAGUUGAGACUGGAGAGGAUGAUGUAUCAUAUAAUAUAGACCGGACAUUCAACACAUCUUUGUCAGCCGAUGGUUCGUUGUACAAUCUCGGUUUAUCAUCUUUCCUGACAUCAGACAAUCCGAUGGCAAUAUUCAAUGACACAGCCGAAUUGGAUAUCAGUGCCAAAAAAAUUGAGGUAAUCAACUCCAGAUCGUCUGAAAAACAAGAUUUCGAUUUAGGAGAAAUAUUGAAGAACUUUGAAACUCCCGAUAAUAAUUCGACUUCUUCCGAAAAUAAUUCAGCUGCCAGUGCGAAUAUUUCACAGAAGUCGCAAGAUGCCUUGCCCGGUCUAGAUCUCCUGACUCCCGAUAGUACGGGCAAUCCCGCCCCUCCAACAUCUUUUUACGGAACUAUGGAGACCAUCACGAUUGCAGAUGAGCCGGAUCAGCCAUACUUACCUGAAGCAUUGACGAAUACCCAAUGGAAUAACCCUACCUGGACUGUACCCGCGGACAUACCACCAGCGGAUGUCGACCAUCGCGGUAUAUUGCCACCACCGCCGCCGCCGCCGAUACUGCCGAUAUUGGGUCACAUAGACGACGUGGACCACCGCCUGCUGCCCGGCCUGCCGCCGCCGCCGCCCGCGCGCCACCCCGCGCACCUCCCCGCGCCCCACGCCGCGCCGCACCCCGCGCCGCACCCCGCGCACCACCCCGCACACCAAGACGUCGAUCACAGAAAUUUAAUAUCGUUAACGCACCAGCCUGCAGCGCCUCAGCCUGUUUCUAGACCGCAUAUUGUUGACCAAGAUUAUAGAGUUCCGCCGAUGCUGCCGCCGACGGAUAUUGUCGAGAGCGUUGACAUGGAUCUGUCUGAGGAUGAGGAGCAACGAAUGUACCCGACGCAACAAAUCCAGAACGAGCAUCGACGCAAUAGUUUCAACAACAAUAAAGUUUUAGUCGGAGGCGAUAUCGAGAAAGUGAACCACGUAGAUAACAACCACAUAAACCUUGUACAAAUGAACACUAACCCAAUAAACGCUAUGAAUAAAGACGGCCCUCAUAGUGCCCCUAUAGUUACUCCCCUAUCUAACCCAUUCGACAAUAUGCCAUCUGGCCUUAAGUUCAAUAUACCACCAAACUUCCAGAAUAUGCCGCCGAAUUUCAAAAAGCCGGCAAGUUUCGAUGAAAUUAGAGAGGAAAACUCUAAAGAUAUAUUAUACGAAGAUGAUCUGAGAAGCAGAAAUUUGGAAGUACCAGUCGAUCGAAGAAAUCCUUCGCCACCGGAAUACGAAGAUUUUGCAAAAGAGAGCGACUGGCAAGCGGGACCUAGGCCGUUUAUGAAUCAAAGGUUUCCUAGAAAUUGGGGACCCCGGACUAACUUUAGACCACAGAACUACAGUCCCCAGUUUUGGCCGAGAAACGGUCCCAGACCAGCCAAUAGAUGGAUGGGACCUAGGUCGCAAAGAUUUUGGUGAUCACGUGUUAGUGGUAGUGGUAGUGAAAAAGAGUUCUUAUUUAUAGUGACAGAAGCCUCUAUUUUGACUGUAAGAUUAGUAUAGGGACUUAAAUCAUUUAUGUAUAUUACCAGCUAAGUUUCAUUUGGUCGAGUUGUAGAGGAAAAAUUUUGGCUUGUUUUUAUUUCAGAGUUAUUAUGCACAUUAUUAAAAUUAAAAUAUAAGUAUGCCGUAUUUUGUUUUUAUUGCAAGCGGUUUGUGAAUUUGUCUUGUCUAUGAUUAUAAUUCGUUAAAGUUAUUUAAGUACCCUCAAAUAAACUUUACUGUCUUUGAAACUAAAUUCUGUUACAGUUGUCGAUUUAUUGGAUAUAAUUGAUAACAUAAUUUAUAUAUGUCGAUUUGUUACACAAAAGUACAAAACCUCGCUGGACGAUUUUAGUCGCUCACGUUUUAUAUGCGCGAUCUGUUCCAAUAAUUGUACCUUUUAUGUCGUUUUAAAAUUGAGUAUCUGGAAGUCAUUUAUACUAGAUGGAAUUUUUUAAGCAGUUUUUAACCCAUGGGAUUUUAUAUAAAGUCUACAAUAUAUUAGUCAAUUUAAAUUUUACGUUUUAGGUAUAAAAUAGGUCCAAGAUUAAUCUUCAGGAUUCAUAUAAAUAUUAAAUUGAGCGUAAGUAGGUCUAUAUUGUCUAGGUAACGGAACUCUAAUAGUUUUAUAAAAUUGUGUUAUCUGUGGUUAAGUCUUAAUAAUUUCUUCCUUCUUAUAAUCCUUACUUUCAUUUUAAUUUUAAGUCACAGUAUGUAGUGACGUUAUAUAUACUAGACUCAUAAAUGUGUCAGACUAUUAAUUGCAGAGUAGGUGCUAUAACAAAUAAUUCUUUAAUAGUUUCUGCCUACAGUUACACCCGCGUGUGAGAGGGAGGGAGCUGUAAGGUACUCUGUGUCCCUUUUCGGUAACCUUCGCAACGGUUAUUAUUUUUAUUAAAAUAAAUUAUC